CUCGGACUGUCAUGGCGCUUCCCAGUCUAUAGCUGGUGGUAGCUGUGCGUCUUCGGAGCGUUUCCAGCCCGCAUGGGGUUCGGAAUGUAGCAGCGAUCCCUCGGUGUAUCAUUUGCAUUUCAGCCGCUGAGGAUAAUUGAUCCCAAGAUGCCGGAGAUUAAGGUGACCCCUCUCGGUGCUGGACAGGAUGUUGGACGCAGCUGUAUCCUGGUAUCUAUUGGAGGCAAAAACGUGAUGCUGGACUGUGGCAUGCAUAUGGGAUUCAACGAUGAUCGUCGUUUCCCAGACUUCACGUACAUCACGCAAAAUGGACGUCUCACCGAACUGCUGGAUUGUGUAAUAAUCAGCCACUUUCACCUGGAUCACUGUGGAGCGCUGCCUUAUAUGAGUGAAAUGGUUGGCUUUGAUGGCCCCAUAUACAUGACUCACCCAACCAAGGCCAUAUGCCCCAUCCUGCUAGAGGAUUACAGGAAGAUCACGGUGGACAAGAAAGGAGAGACCAACUUUUUCACAUCUCAGAUGAUCAAGGACUGCAUGAAGAAAGUGGUGGCCGUAAACCUUCAUCAGACAGUACAGGUCGACGAUGAGUUGGAAAUCAAGGCUUACUAUGCUGGGCACGUCCUCGGAGCAGCAAUGUUUCAGAUUAAAGUCGGCUCGGAGUCUGUGGUGUAUACUGGUGACUAUAACAUGACUCCAGAUCGACACUUGGGGGCCGCGUGGAUUGACAAAUGCCGACCUGAUUUGCUCAUAACGGAGUCUACUUAUGCCACAACGAUCAGAGACUCAAAACGAUGCCGGGAACGAGAUUUCUUGAAGAAAGUCCAUGAGACUGUGGAGAAGGGUGGGAAGGUUCUCAUUCCUGUGUUUGCUCUUGGACGUGCACAGGAGCUCUGCAUCUUGCUAGAAACAUUUUGGGAUCGGAUGAACUUGAAGGCCCCAAUUUACUUCUCUACUGGUCUGACAGAGAAGGCAAACCAUUACUAUAAGCUAUUCAUUACUUGGACCAAUCAGAAGAUCAGGAAGACCUUUGUGCAGAGAAAUAUGUUUGAAUUUAAACACAUAAAGGCCUUUGAUAGGGCCUUUGCUGAUAACCCUGGGCCGAUGGUGGUGUUUGCGACACCGGGGAUGUUGCACGCUGGUCAGUCACUACAGAUCUUUCGCAAAUGGGCAGGGAAUGAGAAGAACAUGGUGAUUAUGCCUGGCUAUUGUGUGCAAGGCACAGUGGGGCACAAAAUCUUAAGUGGUCAGCGCAAGUUAGAGAUGGAAGGAAGGCAGACUCUAGAGGUGAAGAUGCAGGUAGAAUACAUGUCCUUCAGUGCUCAUGCCGAUGCUAAAGGAAUCAUGCAGCUGAUUCGCCAGGCAGAACCUCGAAAUGUACUACUGGUGCAUGGAGAGGCCAAAAAGAUGGAAUUUCUCAAACAGAAGAUAGAGCAAGAGUUUAGAAUUAAGUGCUACAUGCCCUUCAACGGAGAGACUGCCACCAUCCUUACUAAUCCCAACAUACCCGUGGAUAUUUCUUUGGGUCUCCUGAAGAAAGAGAGUGCAUUGAGCCUUAUACCACCAGACUCUAAAAAGCCGAGGCUGAUGCACGGGACGUUAAUAAUGAAGGAUAAUACCUUACGCUUGGUUUCUCCCGAGCAAGCCUUGAAGGAGAUAGGUGUUGGAGAGCACCAGCUGCGAUUCACCUGUAGAUUACAUAUUCAAGAUGCACACAAAGAGCAGGAGACCGUGCUGCGGAUAUACAACCAUCUGAAAAGUGUGCUUAAGGAUCAUGUUGUCCAACAUCUCCCUGAUGGCUCCAUCAUGGUGGAAUCUAUUCUGCUUCAGGUGUCAACCCAUUCAGAUGACCCAACAACAAAGGUUCUUUUGAUAUCGUGGACCUAUCAGGAUGAAGAGCUGGGGAGUUUUUUGACCUCCCUGCUAAAGAAAGGCCUGCCCCAAGGAACAAGCUAGACCUCCGGGUCUGUACAUCAUGGCUGUACAAGUCAUUGAGCAUCGUAUGGUCUGCGGAGUUGGGAAUCCAAGCUUUGAGUGUUCUGGAAUCCUCGCUGUUCCUCUGUAUGUUUUUUUGUGGCAUCAGCCGAAGAUUAUUUUCUGUUAACAAAAGUUUCAUACCAAGGACUAAGAAACGCUACUGACCGUAUAAUAUAAACUACAGAGGUGAUCGGCACACGCUUGGCAUGUACAGGAUAGAUGGACACCACAACUUAUUUUGUAUGAUUUGCAACUUUUUUAAUAAAGCAAUUAUAAGGUGGACUUUUCACAAA